GCAGUGACUUGCUGUGCAAAGUUAGUAAUGACACGUGUGUAACUACUUUACCUUGGCUCGCUGCUGGACAGUUAGCCAACUAAGUUAAAUGUUAGAAUAUCUUUACAUUGCAAGCGAAAACUGUGGAAUAUUGUGCCAUUGUUAUUAAAUGCGACGCAGGAUAUUGCUGGACUGAUAUCGAAGUUUAUUAUGGAAUUCGUAGUCUGCGAGCUGAUGUUCCAAUUCGCAAACAAAUGUAGCGGUAUAUGCUAGUCAGUUAUCUACCGUAGAAUAUAUAGUGCAUCGAUAUGGGCUGGCAGUCCAGAACUCGUAGUUUGCAAAUAUUUGACACCGAAUUCAGUGCCGAUACGGUGGAAUGGUGUCCUUUAGCGGAUUGGUCCGGUAUUCUGGCAUGUGGAACUUAUCAACUCCAAAAAGGCGAAGAGGGGACAGCUGGAGAAUUGACUGCCCCAAGUCGGAUUGGUCGACUGUACUUAUUUCAGUUUCGUCAGCAACCUCUGGGGUCUUUAAGUCCACACUUGACUGAGAUCCAGCGGAUCGAUAGUCCAGCGAUUCUUGAUCUGAAGUGGUGUCAUAUACCGAUAUCAGAUCGCCCUCUUCUGGGCAUGGCUACAGCCAGUGGUGACAUACAGCUGUUCAGACUUAAAGAUACUCAGAGAGAAGAUGGUUGUGGUCUUGACAAGGUGUCAGAAACAGAACUUGGACAGGAUAGGCUGGCACUCUCAUUAGACUGGUCUACUGGGAGGGGUGACUGCAGUGAUGUACGGACAGUAUCCAGUGACUCUUCAGGCAGUAUAUCUGUAUUGUCUCUUGGGGAGUCCAGUUUCUCUCUUGUUUCACAAUGGAAAGCUCAUGAUUUUGAGGCUUGGAUUUCAGCUUUCAGUUACUGGGACACACAGAUUGUAUACUCUGGUGGCGAUGACUGUAAACUGAAAGGCUGGGAUCUUAGAAUGGGUCCCUCACACCCAACUUUCACCAGCAAAAGGCAUUCUAUGGGUGUAUGUAGCAUACAUAGUAAUUGCCAUCGGGAGCGUAUCCUAGCAACGGGAAGUUAUGAUGAGAAUGUACUGUUGUGGGAUGAACGGAACAUGCGCGAGCCCCUCAGUGAAACUCCUAUGGGUGGCGGUGUUUGGAGACUCAAGUGGCAUCCCACACAAGAACACCUGCUCUUGGCUGCUUGUAUGCACAACGACUUCCAUAUCCUUCACUGCAAGCAGGCCAUGGAUGGAAAUGGAGGACCAUGCCCUACUCUGGCCUCUUAUGUCCUCCACAACUCUUUGGCUUAUGGUGCUGACUGGUCUCAUCUGUCCUUGGUUGGGUCUCCUCCCCCUUCCUCACUGGAGCCAGAGGAACCCUGCACAAGCCUUUCCAACACUGGAGGCCACCUUAGGAUCCAGUAUGAGUCUCCCACUGCCAGUUUUGACACUUCUCUGGAGGAUGAAUCAGGCCAGUACAUACCAGACCCGAUUUCACCUGCAAAGACCCCAGCCAUAGUCAGUCUCCCUGGUCCUGCUGAGGACUCCUCCUCCUCCAUGUCCUCUUUACUGGCUACCUGUUCCUUCUAUGACCACAUGCUCCACGUGUGGCGCUGGGAUUGGACCCAGGAGGCAAGACAGACAGAAGGAGAGGGAGAGAGAGAGGAGGGUGGGCCAUCUUCAUCUUGAAGCGAUGGAUGGAUGAAUUGUAAAGAGAAGGACGGAAAUAAUGAUUGUUUUUGAACCUAUGUAAGAUGAACCCUAAAGAUAAACCUAAAGUUGAAAUUGUAAGUUGUCUGUGGAAGAACUAUUUGAUGGGUCAGAAUAAUGGGGAUGAGUCGUGAGAUCAGUCCCUCAGCCUGGUUUUUCAAGUUAUGAGGAGUAAAAAUCCCAACACUAUGCAAUAUGUGUGGAAAGGAAAGAUUUGCCAUGCAGUAUUUAUGAACAGUCUUGAUUUCAGUUUGGAUUCAUGGACAUAUCAAUACUUUCUUCUUCCUCAGUUAAUUUAAUUUCAAACCUCAGUCACAACAAGUUAUAUUUCAAUUAUGUAUGCAAGUAAUACACCAGCAAUACCAAUAAAUCACUAUCUU